UGUUGACUUUUUUUAGUAUCGCGUGUCACAAUAAUGAUUUUUUUACGUCAAGUUCAUCUCAAAUUCACAUGUCACGCCUUCGUUUCAACUCACAUGACGUACUCACAUCGUAACACAGCUGUGUUGGAUAGAAAAACAUUUUCAUUGCUAGUCACAAUAACCGUAUGGACAAGAACGGUGAUCCAUCUUCUAUUUGGAAUAGAAGUAAAUGAGCCUGAGAUGCCAUUCGUGACAGUGCCAUUUAGCCAUUCGGGUGAAAACUGUUAACAAAAAGUGGAGGAGAGUAAUCCUGAGUAUAGAAGCAAAGCCGAGGUGAAGCACAGCUUCUCAAACGUGCAGGAGUGUCGAUAUGACCGCAGGUGAAAAGAUCGAGUUGUCGCAAAGAAUUGAAGACACAUCGAUAGAGAAAUAUGAGAACUUUCUGAAACCAGACACGUUAGAAGUCAAAGUUUUCAAAAGACGGUGGCUCCAACUUGUCCUUUUCAUCCUUUUUAGUUCGUCGAACAGCGUUCAAUGGCUUCAGUACACCAUCAUCACGAACAUAGUAUGCCUGUACUACAACGUUUCGCGAUUCGCAGUCGCAUCGACGACCGUGGUGCUGAUGGUCUCGUACAUGCUGCUGCUGUUUCCGACCUCUUACCUGAUAAAUCGCAUAGGUUUAAGGUGGACGGUUGUAAUUGGGGCCACGGUUGCUUGCCUGGGAGCAUGGAUCAAGGUGUUUUCCGCAGCCCCGGAUCGCUUCGCAGUGACCUUGAUGGGCCAAUGCGUGGUUGCUGUAAGCCAGAGCUUCCUGUGUCCUGUGCCGGGUAAACUGGCUGCAUGCUGGUUUGGGAAGGACCAGGUGGCCCUGGCCACUGCCAUUGGGUACCACGCUAUCUGUUGCGGCAUCAUUAGCUGCUUCAUCGUCGUUCCGAUACUCGUAAAGAAUCACGAAAGUCUCGACGACAUCGGGAGUGAUUUAUCGUUGAUUUAUUGGAUAGUGGCAAUAUUCUGCACCGUCGUUUUCCUGGCUGUGUUUUUUCUUUUUCAGGAUGAACCACCUCUGCCGCCAAGCGAGUCUAGGGCGCUUCAAAAAAUCAAGCGUGAAAGUUCCCCGGAGGGAUUUUUACCACCGCUGAUGAGGGUACUGAGGAACAGGAAUUAUCUACUUAUAUGGCUUGCAUGGGGUCUUAAUACGAGCCUGUUAAACACAGCGUCGACAUUUUGCAACCCAUUCCUCGUUAAUCGUUUCAAGAACGUUGAUGCGGAGCUUGGAAAACUGGAACUGUUGUUUUGCCUCAUGGGAUUGAUUGGCUCGGUGAUCGUCGCUUCGAUUCUUGACAAGACAAAGCAAUUCAGAAUCAUUUUUACCGCGACGAGCGCUAUGGCGCUGCUUUUCGGUAUUUUAUAUGGUUUAAGUUAUUACUUGGAGAACAAAGUAAUGGUGUUCGUAUCCGGCGGGAUUCUUGCAUUUUUUUUGGGAAGCUACUGCGUCGUUGCAAUGGAGAUGUGCGUCGAAGCUACUUACCCGGAAUCCGAAGCUGUCGUAACCGGGAUUUUGACCAUGUCUAGUCAGCUCAACGGAAUAUGGAUAGUUCUAGUUACUAGCAAGGUACUGGAGGUAUACGGAGACAUUGCGGCGCACUCGAUUUUAUGCAGUGCGCUUGGCUUGGCAACUCUGUUGACGAUUUUUCACAAACCAGAGCUUCGCCGGCAAAAAGUCCAGAAAUAUGCAGCAAGGUGUAAAAUAAAUGCCGUCCAGUGAGCCUCUUUUUAACUCUACAGAGAAGUUGAUACGUGGAACUAAUUAUCGUUCAGUUUGAAGCGAAUAAAAAUUGAACAACAGUUUCACUUGAUCCUCAGAUUCUGCGAGUCAGUUUUAUUAACGUACAAUGUAACAAACAAUUUACAAUUUUAGCUUGGUCGGCAGCUCAGCUACGCGAUCGUUGCGAUACCUACGAUUGUAACAUAUGCGUCGAAAAAACAUUUUAGCGGUUACUUGAUAGAACAUUAUUUACGCAGUUGCGAUUAUUUCAUAUGAAUAAAUGUGUCAGUAAUGAAUGUUCGAUUGGGGAACGUUGUCAAGUAUUGGCUAAUUUACAUAACUUAGAUAACAAGUAUGAAACAGCUGCGAUACAGUCAUACCGAUAACAUUACAUGCCAUGUGAAAUCUUCAUAGUGUGUAAUUACCUUAUUAUAUUGAUACAAAAUACGUAGAGGCGGUAAACACCAUAUUAACGUCCGGCUCUCACCCCGUUCUAUUUCUUUGGCUGAUUCUUCACUACGUUUCUAAGGACAAAGUGAAUGACAGGUAUUUUUUGGGAUCUUUUACUUGGGAUGUGAUGGCUGAAAACUUAAAUUAUCGGUACUGAUUGCAUUUAAA